CAAUAGCUGUGUCUGGCUGUGUUGUUUUUCCUGGCUGCUUGUCUGUGGCACAGGAGGAACGCUAGCUAGCAUUCUGUUAAAAUUCGGCUAACGUACGCCUGUGAUUAUCUGAUCGAAGUAAUGAAUUUAUUACCGUCAAAUGCACACGGGAACGGACUUUUGUACGCGGGAUUCAACCAGGAUCACGGAUGCUUUGCUUGCGGAAUGGAGAAUGGGUUUAGAGUGUACAACGCAGACCCACUCAAAGAGAAAGAAAAACAAGAGUUCAUGGAGGGCGGGGUCAGCCAUGUGGAGAUGCUGUUCAGGUGUAACUACCUAGCGCUGGUCGGAGGAGGGAAGAAGCCCAAAUAUCCACCUAACAAAGUGAUGAUCUGGGAUGACCUGAAGAAAAAGACGGUUAUAGAAAUUGAGUUCUCCACGGAGGUCAAAGCAGUGAAGCUUCGAAGGGACAGGAUCGUUGUGGUCCUGGACUCAAUGAUCAAAGUGUUCACGUUCACCCACAACCCUCAUCAGCUGCAUGUAUUUGAGACCUGCUAUAACCCCAAAGGUCUGUGUGUGCUGUGUCCCAACAGUAACAACUCUCUCCUGGCGUUCCCGGGCACCCACUCUGGGCAUGUGCAGAUCGUAGACCUGGCCAACACAGAGAAGCCUCCAGUGGACAUCCCCGCCCAUGAGGGGGCGCUGUGCUGCAUCGCCCUCAACCUGCAGGGAACCAGGAUAGCCACCGCCUCCGAGAAAGGAACCCUGAUCAGAAUAUUUGACACCAUGGCAGGUCACCUGAUUCAGGAGUUGAGGCGGGGGUCACAGACCGCUAACAUCUACUGCAUCAACUUCAACCAGGACGCGUCCCUCAUCUGUCUGUCUAGUGACCAUGGUACAGUCCACAUAUUCGCAGCAGAGGACCCCAAGAGGAACAAACAGUCCAGCUUAGCCUCGGCUAGUUUCCUUCCUAAGUACUUCAGCUCCAAGUGGAGUUUCUCCAAGUUCCAGGUUCCAUCAAAUUCGCCGUGUGUGUGUGCCUUUGGAACAGAACCCAACUCUGUCAUAGCCAUUUGUGCUGACGGCAGCUACUACAAGUUCCUGUUCAACCCAAAGGGGGAGUGUUCCCGAGACGUCUACGCCCAGUUCCUGGAGAUGACUGAUGAGAAGAUCUGAACUUUAACCCAGACUCCUCCUGCAGACAGACGUGUGUUUAUUUUCUGGAGCAGGAGGACAAGGGGGAUGGACAGAAGGAGGAGGUUAGGUGUCUCUGCUCACCCAGUGCUGAUAGACUCUCAAUGGAGAGAGGGAGACCGCCUUAGAAACGAGAAGACGGAUCGAGGGAGCGAUGAAUGAAGUCAAUGUCCUCUCUGACACAAACUACUUAGAGACCAUCCUUGAACAACUAGCAAAGGACAGACAGAUGGACAGACUGUCACCUGGACCUUGUUGUCCUGCUACUCUGAGAACCAAACAGGGAAAUUUAUUUUUGUUGCUUUUUAAAGAUGUCUUCCGUGGAAUUUACAAUGAUCGGUCGAUUAUUCUGGUUAUUUUUUUUAAAGGCGUAUUGCGUUAAUUCCAAUAGAUAGAUACAUAGAAAAAUAAAUAUUGUAAACUAACACCACCUAAUCUAACUAUAGGGAGUGCCUCUGAGCUGAAUCAAUAUUGGAGUGUGUAUAUACUCGCAUAUGUGCCUUCAGGAAGUAUUCGUAACCUUUGACCUAUUUCUCAUUUUGUUGUUACAGCCUGAAUUCUAAAUGGAUUAAAUAUAUAUAUAUAUAUAUAUUUUUUUUUACACACAAUACCUCAUAAUGACUAAGUGAAUACAUGUUUUUAGAAAUGUUUUGCAAAUAUAUAUAUAAAAUUAAAUGCAGACAUUUCUAAUUUACAUAAGUAUUCACACCCCUGAGUCAAUACUUUGUAGAAGCACCGUUUGGCAGUGAGUACAGCUGUGAGUCUGUCUGGUUUCUAAGAGCUUCCAACACCUGGAUUGUGCAACAUUUGCCCGUUAUUCGUUUUCAAAAUGUUUCAAGCUCUCAAAUUGGUUGUUGAUUGUUGCUAGACAUCCAUUUUCAGGUCUUGAAAUAGAUUUUCAAGUAGAUUUAAGUCAAAACACUAACUCAACCACUCAGUAACAUUCACUGUCUUCUUGGUAAGCAACUCCAGUGUAGAUUUGGCCAUGGUUUUAGGUUAUUGUCCUGCUGAAAGGUGAAUUCAUCUCCCAGUGUCUGCUGAAAAGCAGACUGAACCAGUUUUUCCUCUGGGAUUUUGCCUGUGCUUAGCUCUAUUCUGUUACUUUUUUAUCCUGAAAAACUCCCCAGUCCUUAACAAUUACAAUCAUAGCCAUAACAUGAUGCAGCCACCACUAUGCUUGAAAAUCUGGAGAGUGGUACUCAGUAAUGUGUUAUGUUUGGGGCAAAUCCAACACUUUGUAUUCAGGACAAAAAUUUAAUUGCAGAGCCUCACAUUUUGCAGGUAAUUAGUUUAGUGUCUUGUUACAAACAUAAUACAAAUUUUCCAAAACAUGCAUCAUCUACAGGCUUCCUUAUUUUCACUCUGUCAAUUAGGUUAGUAUUGUGGAGCAACUGCAAUGUGUUUGAUCCAUCCUCAGUGUUCCCCUAUCAUAGCCAUUAAACUCUGUAACUGUUUUAAGGUCACUAUUGGCCUCAUGGUGAAAUCCAUGAUUAGUUUCCUUUCUCUCUGGCAACUGAGUUAGUGCCUGGGUGUAUUGAUACACCAUCCAGAAUGUAAUGAAUAACUUCACCAUGCUCAAAGGAAUAUUCAAUGUCUACUUUUUUAAAUUUUUUUGACCCAUCUACCAAUAGGUGCGCUUCUUUACAAGUUAUUAGAAACCCCUGGUCUUUGUGGUUGAAUCUGUUUUUCACUGCUCGACCUUACAAUUAUCUGUAUGUGUGGGGUACAGAGAUGAGGUAGUCAUUUCAAAGUAAUGUUAAACACUUAUUGCACACAGAGCGAGUCCAUGCAACUUAAUAUGUGACAUAAUGAAGCACAUUUUUACUCCUGAAUGUAUUUAGCCUUACCAUAACGAAGUGUUUGAAUGCUUAUUGACUCGACAUUUCGGUUUUCAUUUGUAAACAUUUCCGCUUGCACAUUUUGGGGUAUUGUGGUUAAGCCAUUGACAAACAAAUCUCAAUUUAAUAAAUGUUUUAUUCUGGCUGUAACAUAAAAUGUGGACAAAAUCAAAGGGUAUGAAUACUUCCUGAAGGCACUGAUAUGCAUAUUUGGGUGGGAUUUCACAAAGGAAGAUCUUUGAGUUAGCCAGGUGGGUAAACACUUAGAAAUAGAGCUUUCUUCCUACGGUUGAAGAAACGAGUCACCCAUUAAGGGGCGGCAGGUAGCCUUGUGGUUAGAGGAUUGGGCCAUGAACCCAAAAGGUUGCUGGAUCGUAUCCCUGAGCUGACAAGGUAAAAAUCUGUUGUCCUGCCCCUGGACAAGGCAGGUAACCCACUGUUCCCCAGUAGGACGUCAUUGUAAAUAAGAAUGUGUUCUUAACUGACUUGCCUAGUUAAAUUGAAAAAAGUUCAUAUUUUUACAUGAUUUUUUUUUUUUAAAUCUUGAUUUACGGUGGUUUAUCUGAUUUAACCUCAGGGAUUCCUCUUGGUGAAACCUCACCCUGGUAGAGUUUAGCUUCGCUGUAUAAACACAAUGAAUGCGCCAGACUGAACAUAUGUAACUUACCGUAGAAGAAGAAAUCUCAUGGUGAUGAAUGUUUUGCUUUUCCUGACAUUUCAUGUCGUAGCUUACUAAGUAUAUGUGUAAUAUUCUUGACGUGAGUCUCGCCCUCCUUGUGGAGAGGGAAUAUAUUAUUUACAACUCUAAUUAGUACCUAUAAAGCACUGAUUUGGGGCUAGAUUCAAUCCCAUUGCCCCUUUUCGGGCUAUGCACCUUUUUUAAAGGCAAUAUUUCCGUGUUCGAGGAGACCGCAUUCGUGGUAAAUGCUGCAUAUGUCGGCUCAAUUGGCGGCAGGGUAGCCUAGUGGUUAGAGCGUUGGACUAGUAACCGGAAGGUUGCGAGUUCAAACCCCCAAGCUGACAAGGUACAAAUCUGUCGUUCUGUCCCUGAACAGGCAGUUAACCCACUGUUCCCAGGCCAUCAUUGAAAAUAAGAAUUUGUUCUUAACUGACUUGCCUGGUUAAAUAAAAGUAAAAAAAAAAAAAAAAAUGUAUGUUAAUUGCGCUAUAACACAGCUCUUCCACAGUACGGAUUGAAUCUAAGGCCCAAGUACUUUGAGCUUUACAUUUUGAAUUUUUGAGCAUAAUCAAACUCGGCAACUUGAUCAAGUCUCAGAUGAUUUUCAAUGACGCGUACCUUCCUAAUUCUUUCAAAGAAACCAAUGUUUAUCAUGCAUCCGCUCCUGAAUGAAUACAACCGUUUUCCCAGAACCAAGCCGUCCCGGUCAUUGUGGAAACUGCUGCAGUAUUCUGCCGUGAUCAAAGUGCAUUUCCACCCCCUUAUGAAAGUCUUACGAGUGACACAUUCCAGCUGAAUUAAACCAAAAUCCACUUCCUUGUGUGACUGAAUUACGCACCCAUUCCUUUUUGGUGAGGUUUAAUUGGCUGGUGUAGUUUGCCUCUUGAAGAGAGAACUCUCUUCCGCUUGCUCACUAGGGCCAGCUUUCAAAAGCUUAUGCAUAUGUAACUGAUCUGCAAAUGAUGGUAACAUUUGUGGAUCUACAAGCAGUAUUGACUUUAGAGCCUAUCUCAUGUUUGUCACAGUAUUCGGGACAGCUUUUUGGCCCAUGUAUGUGACCUUUACAAUGCAGUACUACAAUGUAUUUUUCUGUAUCUUUCAGUAUGUUUCUGAUUUGUCCGACGCACAUUUCUCUUUCAGUUUGAAUUCAAUGGGAACCGCUUUCUGAAUGCAUUUCAUUUGUUGCAUCCAGCUCUGAUUGUACAUAUGUCGGGGGAAUUUAAUCCCUACACACACACACACACACACAACACUAUGCUGCCAUUUAACUACAUAUGGACGCGGCACAAACUCUCCUGUUUAUGUGACACAUUCAAAAUGAUUGUAAAAUCCUGAAUUUAAAUUUGUAAAUAAAAUGUCAUGUCCGUAUGGACAUUUGUACAUGA